AUGGCGCGAACGUCCGCGCUCGGGACGAUCGGGGCCCCGCGCGCGCGCGCGCGAUGGAGUGGUGCAUCGAUGAGACGCACAUCGCGCGUCGCGGUCGGUGGGGUCGGGCGAUCUGCGCACGGCCACGGUCUCGGUCCGCGACGCCCGUCGUGGACGCGCGGACCGGGAAACGCGUUGUCGGAGAUGGACUCGGAGACGGCGGGGGCGAAGAUGGACGCGAACUCGCUCAGAGAGUUGUUCAACGAGUCGAUCGCGGUGAUUCGGACGGUUGCGCCGCCGUUCGCGCAAGUCGGGACGGAGGAGAGUCGUGAUGUCUUGAAAGAGCUGGAUGUGGAGACGCUGACGAGGAGCGAUAGCGUGUUCAAUCCUGAGAUGUCGUGGUUGGCGUUUAACUGGAGAGUGCUCGCGAUGGCGGCGAACGAGGAUACGCCAAUCUUCGAGCGAUUGCGAUUCGUGGCCAUCAGCGCGAGGAAUUUGGAUGAGUUUUUCGCCAAGAGAGUGGGGGCGAUUAAGCGUCAGGAGGAGGCUGGGGUUGAAAACCUCGUCAAGGCGCGUGGGCGAGAGGUGUGGACGCCGAAUGAGACCCUGCGUAACGUCGCAGUGGAGGUGGAACGACAGGUUGACGUCCAGGCGGCGCUCUUAGAGGACCACAUCGUCCCGGCGCUCGGAGAACACGGCGUGCGAUUGGAGCAGUACGAUGACUUGGAGGAAGAAGUGAAGCAAAAGCUUGAGUCGUACUUUGAAGCGCAGAUCGAACCCGUGCUCGAUCCUCGCGCGAUCGACCCGUGUCACCCGUUUCCAUUUCUCGGCUCCUACUCGCUGUCCAUUGCGGUGGAGCUCGAAGACGCGUUCAAUCAGGACAAGUUCGCAAUUGUCAGCGUCCCCGCGGCGCUCGAUAGGUGGGUUCGAGUGCCCUCCCCCAAAGGUGAGUCCACGCAACGAUUCUUACCGCUCGAACAGCUCAUCGAGGCGAACAUCGAUAAGCUCUUCCGAGGUUGCUCCAUUCGUGCCACGCACGUAUUUCGCGUGACGCGCAAUGCCGACAUCGAACGCAACGAAGACCAGGCGGAAGAUCUUCUCGAAAUGAUAGCGGAUGAGGUCAGAGAGCGACGCUUCGCGUCGUUCGUGCGCCUGGAGGUUCAGGACACCAUGCCCGAGCAAGUCCGCGAUGAGCUCAUUGAAUCUCUCGAUGGUAUCACGCUCACGGAUGUCAUCACCGUCCCUCAUCGCGCUCCGCUCGGAUUCGGUACGAUUGACUCUAUACCGAUUGACUUUGGUAUGGAUGUCGCCAUGCUCUACUCUCCUUGGUCGCCUCGCACGCACUCGGCACUCGAUGGCAAAUCAAUAUUCGAAGCCAUCUCUGAGGGCGACAUCCUCGUUCACCAUCCGUACACAUCCUUCGCGACGUCGACGCAGGCGUUUAUCGAAGAAGCGGCGCGUGAUCCGGAUGUUCUAUCCAUCAAGUCUACUCUGUACCGUACGAGCGAUAAUUCGCCAAUCGUCAGAGCCCUGAUCAAAGCGGCGGAGAACGGCAAGCAAGUUGCCGUCUUGGUCGAACUCAAGGCUCGCUUCGACGAGGCGCGAAACGUCGGCUUCGCCGAACGUCUAGAAACUGCUGGAUGCAACGUCGCUUACGGUGUCAAGGGGGUUAAAACGCACUCCAAGGCAUCGCUCGUCGUUCGAAGAGAGGGCAAAAAACUCGUCAAGUACGUGCACAUCGGAACGGGCAACUACAACCCGUCCACGGCGGGCAUCUAUACAGACUUUGGGUUGCUUUCGCGCGACGACGAAUUGGGUGACGACGUGAGUAAUCUUUUCAAGUUUCUCAUGGGUCAUCACUACCAAGAGCGAUUCAAGAAACUCCUCGUCGCUCCCGUGCGCAUGCAAAAGGAGUUUGUGGACAUGAUUGAACGCGAGGCCGAGAACGCACUCAGAGGCAAGCCGGCGUCCAUCAUAGCCAAGAUGAACGGCCUCGAUGACCCGACUAUCUGCGCAGCUCUCUACCGCGCCUCGCAGGCUGGGGUGAAAAUUAAUCUCAUCGUUCGAGGUAUCUGUCGCGUUCGACCUGGCAUUCCAGGAGUGUCUGAGAACAUUCGUGUCGUCUCCAUCAUUGGCCGGUUUUUAGAGCACCAUCGCGCUUUCCGAUUUGAGAACAACGGUGAACCGGAGUUUUAUAUGGGAUCCGCGGACAUGAUGCGUCGUAACUUGCUCCGACGCGUCGAAGUUAUCACGCGCGUUCUCGAUCCGAGAAUUCAAGCGGAGUUGCAAGAGGUUCUCGACGCGUGUUUGGCGGACCAAGUUCUCGCGUGGGAGAUGGGAUCCGACGGGCGUUAUUACAAGACUGAGGCUUCGCGUGAAGUCGCGGCGAAUCACUUAGCAAGUGAUCCCGGCAAAGGCAAGCUCAUGAAGACUUCCGCUGAGGUCGGACUUCACGAAGCGCUCAUGGAUGACACCUUGAAGAGGAUGAAGCGCGUGGAUAAACGCUCAGAUCUUGUGAAGCUGGCGACGAAAAAGGUGAAACAGGUCACGCCACGAGCUCCGAAGGAGACUUUCGCCCGCACGCUCAAAACGAACUCUCUGGAAGUUAACCAAGACUUGGUGGUGACCGAUGACCAGUCGAAGGCUACGCAGGAGAAGCGACCGAACUUCGACGACAUGAUUCACGCCGAUCAAAAGGAAAAUGUUGACAGCGAAAACAAACGCGACUCCUAA